AUGACCAUAGUGACGCGUUUAUUAUCAUUAUCAUCACUUGAGGCAAGACGCAAAAAGUUUCAAUAUCGUAUCAUUAACAAUGAUGAUAGGAUAAGCAAACUUCCAGACGAACUACUGCAUGACAUCCUCUCGAGAUUGUCCACUAAAGAAGCGGUGAUGACAAGUCUUGUAUCACCGCGAUGGGUGGAUUUAUGGAGAUGGAGACCUCAUCUCAUCUUGGAUAUGAGAAAGGUCUUAAAUAAGACUCAUAUCAACGAUAUACACAAAGUUUCUAUCCGUUUGGCCAAUUCAAUGACUAAGACUCUUAAGAAUCACGGUGGCCCCCUAGAGAGCUGCAUUAUCCACCAUUACUUAUCCCAAUGCGAAAAUGGUACGCUCAAAAGUUGGAUCAACAUAGCGACUCGUAUGAAAGACACUAAAAAUCUCACACUUGUAAACCAUAACUAUCAUGGGAUUGAUGAACGUUACCAAGCAAAGACUUUGCUCCGCUUGCGCCGAGAUGCAUUUUCGCAUCAUAGCCUCACUUCACUGUCACUUUGUGGAUUCAGUCUAUCAGGUCCACGUGCCUUCAGAAAUUGCUCGAAUCUCAAGACCCUCAAGCUUUUAGACAGUGUCAUCACCCAGGCUACUCUCCUUACCAAUGUUUUAGCAGCUUGCCCCUCCCUCGAGGUGAUUGUGUUGCGAGUCACUUCCCUAACCCAUGGUGAUGUGCUGAAGAUCGAGAACAACAAUUUGAAGGUCUUGCAAGUGGCUUACGCAUAUGAGAUUGAAAAUAUCGAAGUGUAUGCAGCUUGUCUAGAUGUUCUUGACCUCAAGUUUAUCGAAUGUGAGGAAGAGAACUUCAUCCUUGCUGCCCCCAACAUCCGCCAGUUUAAGAGAGAUUACUGGGUUUGUUCUUCUGAUGCUCACCUCAGCUACAAUGUGUCAUAUCUCGCUCAGGAGAAGAAAAACAUUUGGCAUGAGCUUAUGAUGAGCGGCUUUUUUCAUUCCCGGCGUGGAUCUUUGUCGGUGAGUUUAGAUGUAACUAAUCCGAAAGAAGUGGAGAUACUGAAGGAAGUUCUGCUUAUGUGGAACACUAGGGAAAUGACAGAGCUUGAGAUCUUGUUCAAGAACAACAAUGCUGCUGAAAAAGAUGGUAAAUGUUCUACUAACGGGAGAGCACACGAAAAAUUGUGGGAGGAUGCAAAACCGUUCCCUAAUGCCGACUUCCGCGUUUCUGUUGUGCGGAUGUAUAAUUCGACAGUUCGAAUAAGGAAGAAGUUGCGUUAG